UCCACUUGCCAGUCGGCCACGACUCCUCCAAACGAGGCGGUUGUUGCUGCCGACAGUUGGUGGUCACGCCUGCUGCCCUACAAGCCGUCAAAUCUGCCCGAUCGCCUUGGCGACAGACUCCGGCAACGCAGCAGUCUCGUGUUGUCCGCUCGAGAGUUGUCCGACUUCAAUCCCUCCAGCCCACCGCAUCUGACGGCCUCGGGGCUACCUUCAGUCGCGGGUCGUUCAGGCCCGGCUGCGCCGCCAUCGCAUGGUCUUGAUCCAUCGCAGCUCAUGUCCGUCUCGAUGUUGGAGACGCGACGGCAUCGCGUCGAGCAUCACUCUCCGGAAGUUCGUGAGCCCACCGCCCAGCCUCGCAACGCCCUAACCGCCUCACGACGGACAUCCGGUGGCGUGAGACCGACCAGCCUGUGCAUUCCGGCUUCUUGUCCCAGACCCGGACCAGGCACCGCGACCGUCGGACGCACUGGCCUCCUGACGACGGCUCUACCAUCGCUUGAGCAUCUCUCCUCGUCGGGUCGCCUGACGCUGGCCGCUCUGGCGAAUGAACCGCGCAACAGAUCGUCCUCGUCAACCUGUCCUCUGCAACCUUCCACCUCGACGGGAGGACGCCACAAGAGCAGAGGAGAGGAGAACGAGAAGAAGAUUAAGGGGAAGGAAGAGCAGGAGGAGAAGCAGAAGAAAAAGGAGGAAAAGGAGGAAGAUGAGGAGGAGGAGGAGGAGAGACGAUCUUGUCCGCCGACACCCACUUCCCUGCUUGCUGCCACCCUAGCCUCUCCGUUGCUGCGCGACCUCGUCGGCGACGUCUCAGCAACUGGGUCUGGCGGCGGAGCUCUGGUCAACAUGGCAACCAGCCCUUCGGCGUUUCGACUCAACUUCGAUCCCCGCUCCGACAGCCCCCUCCUCAGCCAGUACUGCCGUCUGCUCGUUUUCACACAUGCCGCCAGUACAGCCACCGUCGCCCCGGCAACCGCCAGUCCCAGUGCCGACACAAUGACUCGAUCGGUCCGGCCGCGAAAAGUGGCACAUUCGCCACCGGUCGGUCAGUCGAACCGACCGCCGGUCGGCCAAGCCCAGUCCGGCUCCAGACGGAGUGGUUCGCAGGCCGAAGUGGUACCAUGGCCCGUGAAGCCGGUCGAGGAUGCCCAGCCGAAGGCAUCAGCCAAGUCACUUGUUUGCGCUGAUCCCCGUCUCAGAAUGAUCGAAGCAACUGUCUAUUGCUCCUCUUCGUCCUCGUUUCUUUCCUCCUCCUCCUCCUCCUCCUCUUCCUCCUCCUCUUCCUCCUCCUCCUCCACUUCUGCUACUUCCGCCUCUUCUUGCUCCUCCUCCUACUCGAACUCCAUCAUAAAUUCCACUUCCUCCUCUUGUUCAUCAUCCUCUUGCUCGUCUUCCUGCUCCUCUUCUCUGCCAGUGGUAGCCGCAACUUUGACGUCGACAGACCGUCAGGUCGACGCGUCCGGCAAUUCAGAGACGGCAGCCUUUCGUACAGCCAAGUUUCGAUCUGGUGACAGUCUCUUGCUGGCCUCAGUCGUCGAGGCAGUUGUCAAGUAG